CCUGCUUCUUCCAUCUGGUACAAGCAAAAUGAGCAAAAAUGCAGCACUUCAAGAGGCAUACAAAGCCACAUUGAAACGAUUAGAACAAAUCCAAAACCAUCUUCAAAAUAAGCCAAGAUCGGGACGAUUGGCAGGAAAGGUUUGUAUCAUUACAGGAGCAGGUAGCUUGAACGGUAUCGGACGUGCUGCAGCUCUACAAUUCGCACACGAAGGUGCAUCACAUCUUUACCUUUUGGAUUUCAAUGCAGAGAAUUUUGAAGCAUUUCAAAAGCUCUUGGGAGAACGUUAUCCUGAGGUGAAAGUCAGCUGUCAUGAAUGCGAUGCGGCGGAUGAAGAAGCGAUUAAAGGGAUCUGUAAGAGAGCAAUCGAUGAAGCAGGAAAGUUGGACGUCUUUUUCGCAAAUGCUGCAAGGGCAACUGGUGCGCCACUCAAUGCGACCGAUAAUGAAGAUCUAACGGAAACGCUGCGCAUCAAUGUCAAUAGCUGUUUCUUGGGACUCAAGUAUGGAUCAGAGGCAAUGCAAGUCACAUCUUCAAAGAAACCAGAAUCAGGAGGCUCCAUCAUUCUCACAGCUUCCGUUGCCGGAAUCAGAAGCGGGGCAGGAUCAGUUGACUAUAGCGCAUCCAAAGCGGCCGUUAUCAAUCUUGCUCAGACAGGAGCAUGGCAACUGGCUCACACGAAUAUCAGAGUUUGUAGUAUAGCACCGGGUUUGAUAGAGACUGGAAUGACAACUCCGCAGUUUGAGAUGGCUCGCGAUCGAGGAACGGCCGGUAAGAUUGGUCAAUUGAACCCGACAGGACGAUAUGGUGUUAGUGAAGAGAUCGCAAACGGUGUUACCUUCUUAGCAUCAGAUGAAGCUUCUUAUGUGAACGGGAUCGUGCUUCCAAUCGACGGCGGUCUAUCUGCUAGUCAUCCAGUCGUACCCGGCAAAUUCCACUAAGGUUAUUUUGCAAUGAGAUAAGAAGCAGUGUACUCCAUUAUGUCAGAUGUCCAAUCCUUACCAUUUCUCCGAUAAGAGUAGAAGAGAAGGUCAAAUACAAGCAAAAUU